AUGGCCGCCAACCAGGGAGCUAUUUCCAAGAGGAGGAAGUUCGUCGCCGACGGUGUCUUCUAUGCCGAGUUGAACGAGUUCUUCCAGCGCGAGUUGGCCGAGGAGGGCUACUCUGGUGUCGAAGUCCGUGUCACCCCCACCGUCACCGACAUCAUCAUCCGCGCCACCCACACACAAGAGGUCCUCGGUGAGCAGGGACGCCGCAUCCGCGAGCUCACCUCCCUCAUCCAGAAGCGCUUCAAGUUCCCCGAGAACUCCGUCUCCCUCUACGCCGCCAAGGUCUCCAACCGCGGUCUCUCCGCCGUCGCUCAGUGCGAGUCCCUCCGAUACAAGCUCCUCAACGGUUUGGCCGUCCGAAGGGCUUGCUAUGGUGUCCUCAGGUUCAUCAUGGAGAGCGGUGCUAAGGGUUGCGAGGUCGUCGUUUCCGGAAAGCUCAGGGCUGCCCGUGCCAAGAGCAUGAAGUUCACUGACGGAUUCAUGAUCCACUCUGGUCAACCCGCCAACGACUUCAUCGACCACGCUACCCGCCACGUCCUCCUCCGACAGGGUGUCUUGGGUAUCAAGGUCAAGAUCAUGCGCGGCUCCGACCCCGAGGGCAAGGCCGGCCCCUCCAAGUCUCUCCCCGACUCCGUCACCAUCAUCGAGCCCAAGGAGGAGCAGUCCGUUGUCCAGCCCAUGUCGCAAGACUACGGUGCCAAGGCCAUCGCUGCCCAGCAGGCCGCCGAGCAGCAGAGGCUCGCCGAGCAACAGGAGGGUGGUGAGGCUGCGCCCGCUGAGGGCUACACUGAGGAGCAGCAAUAGAGAACGACCUCGGUUAGCUUUGGGAAUAUGACAAAAGCCGGUGAGGCACUUACAAGGGCGUUGAA